GGGACCGUUGGUGCUAGAGUCACCAGGAGUAGUAGCUGCUUAGCGCUGGAGCAGCGCAGACAGCAGGCGGUACAGCGAUGAAGGGAGCAGCAAGGUACCUGUAGGAAGGAAGUUUCUAUCACCGGAGUCUUCAAGGAAGCCCAACCCGAUUCCCGUUGGACUGGAAACAAUCGAAAGCAAGCUGUGUGGAAAUGUCCCCCGGUUGAACAUUGAAGGAAAGACUUAAUGUGAAGUAAAGAAAAAUUAAUGACUUUUCUUAAGAUCGUAAACCCCGAGCCGAAAUCAUCGCCAAAUGACUUCAAAUCUUUUAUUUUCGGGAAAAAAAAUGUUAUGUUCCUUUAACUCUUCCUCUUUUAUGAGCAACUCAUCCUUUCUGAAUGGGAAAGGUGGUCUGACUUUUCAGUGAACUUAAAAGUUUAAAAAAAUCUAUACGUAAAAGAACAGGAGCAAAGCAAAGAGAUUUCCUUUUUAAUUAAAUUUGGCCCACUAGCCCUAUUAGCUGGGGAAAUUUCAUCUUGAAGCUUAAAAGGACUAGGUUUCAUUUGUGUGUUUGUGGGGAGUUAUAAUACUGAUGGUCUGAGGAGUGGAUGCGAAGGAGGAUUUUCCAUUUCUGAAGAUGACCAGACUGGAGCUGGACAAUAUCUUGGAGGCAGUGUAUGGUGGGGUGGACCCCAGCAUCUCUGGUAAUGGUGGAGAGGAGUGUGCUGCCUUCCUCUCAGUUUCUCAGCGUACCCUUGAGACUAUCAUCAUGAUCACUGUAUCCUUGCUGCAAAUAGUGCUGGCUUACAGGAAAAUCAGAGGAGGUGUUCAGGAGAAUUGGAUGCUACGAGCAGCAUCGCAGGAACGUGAGGAAACUCUGGGGAGAAACCUCCUGCAGGCUGCCCUAUGCUUGACCUUCGGCUUGGAGCUUGGAUUUAAGUGUGCGACCAAAACUCUCAUCUACUUGCUGAACCCUUGCCAUGUUGUUACUGUCUUACAGAUAUUCCUGCUUGCUUGCCCACCCUGUCCUGCUGCCUUGAUUCUCUUCAGGUUACAUGUGCACAUGCUGAAUGGACCUUUGCUGGCAUUGCUUUUCCCUGUAGUUAACACGAGACUGCUCCCAUUUGAAACCGAGGUGUAUUAUAUUCAGCACAUUCUCAUGUACGCUGUCCCCCUCUACUUGCUGAGCAAAGGUGGUGAGUACAUUCCAAAGACACUCAAUUCUCUGAGAUGGUGUCACCGCACUAAUCCGGCACCUUAUUUUUCCAUGUCAUUGCUACAGGUCACCCAAGUGAAUUUGAAUUGCAUGCUGUGCCCGGCUGUUUCAGACCCAUUCCAUGGACCCUACUACCGGAUGUGGGCAUCUCUGCACCAAACAGCACUGCUGCUGAUACACGGCAAGCUGAUCAUUCUUCUGUCCUAUGCAAUAUCCCUGGUGACCCAGCAUCUCCCCAAGCUUCUGCGGCAACCGUCACUGAAACUAGACUGAGUGACACCCUGCAGGAGUUUGUUCCGGCAAUACAAGUUCGGUUUACCCGGAGAUCACAGGGAUGAAGCCGUGGAGAAAAGAAAAGCUUGCAGUGAGAUGACAAACAACAUAAAAGAGAAGGAAAAGAAACUAAGAAAAGGGGAACAGCAAUGCAGCAAUGCCAACUGGCUGGACUUUGGUGGAAAGUUGUGUUGGGCGUCUAGAGAUUACAAAUCUUGGCCUCCAAUCAGCUGGCAAUACCCACCUAAUGCAUAAAAUUCGAUUGCUGUCUUUCUGCCAUCAUCUGUGCUCCAUGAACAUAUUCUGGCAAAGAUCCUGCAAUAGAAACUUCAAUGGACUGCAUGUUGUGUCCCGAUGGAUGGAAACCGUGUCCUAUGCCUGAUCCUGUUCUCUUAAAUAGCCCUCACUCUGAGAGACGAUGAAGAAAAUGCCUCAAAGACUCAAUGAAACUCUCCCAUGAAGCAGGCAGCGUUGACUUUAAUGACUGGGAGGAACUUGUUACCCAUCAUUCAGAAUGAGGGUAACUCAUCCAUUGAGCUGUGUCCCAUUUUGAGUCUGUGUUUUAAGCAGUGGCUGGAAGGAUGGGUAAAAGGAGGGAUUUGUGCAUUCAGGGACCCACUACCUGGUAGGACAUCUGCCUCCAGUGACUGACGUUCCUCAGGCCUGCUCAGUCACAUGAAGACCCAUGUUGGAAACUCUCGUCCCUGAGCUGGUGCCAUCUUCCCGAUUGAGGGACGGUGUGGUUGGGAGCCAGUGAUGGGGACACGAGUGGUGUUGUGAAUCCAUGAUUUUGCUGCAGAACAGGAGGCCGAGAUGCAUCAUUGUGAACAUCUGUCGACCUGAUAAUAAGAGGAAAUGAAAUAGCCUCAUAGUGACUCUACCGCCAUUUUCUUUAUGAUGUACUGUAUGUAAAAAGGGGGCAUAAUUUUAAGGCAAAAGGCAGGAGGUUUAGAGGGGAUUGGAGGAAACAUUUUUUCACCCAGAGUC